UUUAAAAAUCCGAGUUUAAAUAAUCGGUUUUUAAGUUAUAAACUAAUUUUUUUAUGUAUUGUAAAACAGAUUUGAAAUGUUUGAAAUUCUUCCUUACCAUAUUCCUUGUUCAAUAUACAUUCGUUUAAUUGUUACUCAAACCAGUGGAAAAAGCUGGGAAAGUCCUGAAGUAUCUCCUGAACAUCAAAGGAAGUUACUACUUCAAGCACUCAAGCUUAUAAGAAGCACUCAGUUAUCAUGGAUUCAAUUUCAACAAGAAAUACAAAAAGUUAUGAAUGGCGAUUUAUUAGCAAUGUUUCUUAAGGAGGUGCACGACUUGCAAGAUAUCGACUGUUUAUGUGAAACUAUUAAAUCACUAGAGAACUUAUUUUCAACUGACUCAAUUAUGAGAUCAAGCAUUUUAGGUUUAUUUCUUCGCAAAAAUAUUUUAGCUCUUAAGAAGAUGUCUUUUCAAAAAAUUAGUUUGUUUUUCAAAUCAUUAGAGAAUUAUUUGAGCAUUGAUAAGUUACAUAAAGAUAUAUGUUAUCACAGUAGCUCUCAUUUGCAUACUAAAGCAUGUUAUGCUGAUAGUGAAAAUACAAAUUUUUUAAAAGAUUGUUCAAGUAAUUUUUCUGAUAAUGACAAGAUAACAUUUGAUGACAGCUUUCUUAUCAGCAAAAAUAAGGUUGAAAGAUUCAUAUCUCAGCAAACACAUUUUUUGUUAAGUAAUGAAAUAAAAGCACUUUCCCCUGAAAAACUGAAAGAUAGUUGCACUAAGAUACAAAAAAUAUACCCAGAUAUAUCUGACAUACAUUUCCUUAAUUUUCUAAACUACCUUAGAUUAUCAGAAACUGAGUGUGCUACUAAGUUUCUUCAACUUUAUUUUGAUUUCAAAGUAUUUGAAGAUGAAAGAAAAGAAAACUCCGAGAUUGAAAAACAUCAAAUGAAAUUUAAAAGAUUUCGUUAUUGCGCUUUAACCUUAGGAAUUAUGCAUUGUUACUAUGGCAAUUACAAUGAGUCAUUAAUUUCAUUGGAAGAAGCAGUAAGAAUGGCUCAAGAAACUAACGAUGAAAAAUGUUUGCAACAUGCACUAUUUUGGUUAAAAGUGGUUGAAGAAGAAACAAAUCCUGGGAAAUCAAAGUUUUCUGAUAUUAAGGAUUGUUUUAUCGAAAAUAAAGAUGAAGGUGAUGCGUUUGAACUUAAACUUAUAAAAAAGUUAGGUGUGUUACAUUGUUAUAAAGAAAAAGUUUAUGAAGGUAAAAUUUUUCCAAGUAUUUUAAUAUCAAAAGUUUCUCAAAUAUUGUGCACAAUGCCUUCAAUGAUGGAUGUUGCAGGAUUGGCUCUUUCUGCAUUUAUAUGUUUUUUUGGGUUUAAUAUGGUUGCAUCUUCAUUAUGUCAGUUUUCUUUACUCUCAUCUAAAACAAAUGUAUAUAGUCAGUCUGAUGAAAAUUUAGUUUUAUCUUUAUGCCAAUUAGCAAAUCAUCAUUUUAUACAAGGGUUUUACUCUGAAGCUAAAUGCAUUAUACAUUUUGCCUCAACUCAAAUCACUUUAUAUAAUCGAAAUCAAAAGACAAUCGAAUUUUGUACAUUGCAAAUUGAUUUUCAACAGUGUAUUUAUGAAAGAAAAAUGGAUUCCAUUAAAGAAAUAAUUAAGAAACUUUCUUUUAUUGAUUGCUUUGAAAGUCAAUACAUGAUAGCUGUCGUUAAUAUUCUAAAUGGAAGCUUUAUGAAAGCAUUUGAAGAAAUAAAUGAUUUGCUAUCAAAGUUUUCUUUAAAAAGUAAACUGCCAUUACUUAAAGGAAAAGUUAACUUGUUGUUGGUUGAGUUGUUAAUGGCAUCAAGCUCAUCAAUGGCUCUUACAAAGUUAUGUCAGUUGAUAACAUUUUCAGAUAAAUAUUAUCUGACUGGACUUAAAAUUGAUGCUCAAAUCUGUCUCGCUUAUUGGUAUAUUACCAAGAAACUGUAUAAAAAAGCUAAUGUAUCUCUAGAACAAAUGAGUUUGCAGAUUUUAUCUAAUGGAACAUGUUUUCAAAAGGGAGCUUUUAUAUUUUUACAAGCUCAGUGUAAACUACUUGAGGAUUUCAGUACUGUAAUUGAAAGUAAAUCCCAGCUACUUGAUAUUGUCUCUAUGCUUGAUAAAAGCUUGACUUACUUUACAAGAGCAAACAUAGUUGCAAAAAAGCGAGAUGUUUUAUACACAUUAUCUAUUGUUUAUCAUCAUCUAGGAUAUAUCCAAGAUCGUAACUAUACUGCAAAACUUUAUCGAGCACUAAAUGAAAAAAUCAAAGGAUUUACAGAUAUGAUUUGUUUUUAAAACUUAAGCUUUAUCUAAAUAAAUUUGAAAUUGAUUUUUUUUUUGUAAAUUUUAAAUAAAUUUAACAACUACAAAUUAGUUUGUAGUUGUUAAAUUUAUUUUAGUUUUUACAAAAGUACUUUCUUAGAAGUUUUGUAGAGUAAAUUCAAGUUUGUUGUCAAAUCUGUUACCAGCAUCAUAGUAAUAUAUAAUAAUAUACAGUUUUAAA